AUGGCUGACUUUGGAGACGUCCUACGGAACAUUGGGGAGUUUGGAACCUUCCAAAAGCUCAUGGUUUUUGCACUUUGUUUUCCAAAUAUUAUUUUGCCUUUUCAAUUUGCCUGCGUGUUUUUUAUCCAGUCCGACCCGGAGCGACAUUGCGACACGGACUGGAUCCUGAAGGCCGAUGCUAACCUGACCCGGCAGGAGCAGCUGAACCUGACCGUUCCUCUGGAACAGGACGGUUCUUUCAGCAGCUGUCGCAUGUUUGCUCCAGUGGACUGGGACAUCGGGACCAUCAGGGAACACGGACUCAACGAGACAACGGUGUGCCAGAAUGGUUGGAUGUACAACAGUGAACUUUAUACAGACACCAUAGUCACUGAUUUUGAUCUGGUAUGUGAUCGGGCUUAUUUACUGCAACUGGCACAAACAGUAAUGAUGACGGGCAUUCUGCUUGGUUGUCUCUUAUUUGGACCUUUUGCUGAAUCGUUUGGUCGUAGACGAGCAGUUCAAAUACCGAUGGUUGCAAACUUCAUUUUUACUCUCACCAGUGCUUUUUGCCCCAACUUCCUGCUUUUUCUGCUCUCCCAGUUUUUGAUGGGUGUUGGCUAUGGAGGUUUUCGGGUGAAUGCAAUUAUAUUAGCCACUGAGUGGAUUGGACCGUCCAAGAGGUCUUGGGGAACAUGCGUGACCCAACUAUUUGGUGCAUUAGGACAGGCCAUCCUUGCUGGUCUGAUCUACAUCAUCAGAGACUGGAGACUAGCUCAGUUUAUCACCGCAGCUCCACUGGCAGUCAUUUGUAUUUAUAUAUGGUUCCUUCCAGAGUCAGCCAGGUGGUUGUUGGACAGAGGGAGGACAGAAGAAGCUAAAAAGUUGCUGUUAAAGGUGGCAGCUGUCAAUAAACGCACCUUCAAAGAGUCUCUCCUGGAAAAGAUUGUGGUGAAAGAGAAAAAGGAGAAAAAGAGCGGCGUUUUAAUAAUCGUCCAGUCUUCUGUACUUCGGAAGUAUUUCUUCACCUUAUUAUUUACAUGGUUCUCACUGAAUCUUGCGUACUAUUGCGUUUCAUUCAAUGUGGGGAACUUUGGCUUGGACGUGUUUAUGACUCAGCUCUUGUUUGGUCUGACGGAAACGCCUGGUCAGAUACUUUGCAUGUGGCUGCUGGAAGCACUGGGCAGAAGAAUAUCCUUCAUCUCCACACUCCUGGCUGGGGGGCUCUUGUCCGCCUUGAUGCUCGCGUUCAGUCCAGGAUAUCCUGUGGCUGUAACUGCACUGGCGACAUCAGGACGUUUCUUGGCUAACUGGGCCGCAUCCAUAUGUAAUGUUUAUGUUCAAGAGUUAUUCCCAACCUCUUGUCGACAAACAGCCUCGGGUUUGGGCUCCGUCGCAAGCCGGGCUGGUGGUUUGAUCGCCCCUUUGGUCAACAUGCUGGCUACGUACCGCUGGUCCAUACCUAUCGUUAUCUUCAGCGGCCUGACUCUGAUCAGCGGGGCUCUCAGCUUCACGCUUCCUGAGACUCGAGGGAUUGAACUACCAGAUUCGACCGACGAUGCUGAGGGCAACAGGAAUAAGAAGAUGACCAAGAAAGAGUGUGAAUCAAAUGUCCACAUCAAAUCCAGUAAACUGUAGUGUUUUCUAUACUACGAACAGCUACGAACAAGAUGCAAAUAACCCAAUUUUAACCCAACCGCUGGUUCAGAAAAGGACGAAC